AUGUCGCGAACAUAAACACGAGAGUUUAGCGUUUCGACAUGUUCGCCACGCCAGGUUUAUCUCGCGGUGCAUUUUUAACAAGCCGCUUCCGCCAUCGCCGUCACGUUGAGCCGCUAUGAGCAGCUGCGAGUCACCCCCGAGAUGAUAAACCGCUCGGCGUUGUUUACGAACGGACGUUGCGAUCGAGCGUGCAACGACGGCCGUCGAGCGACGCGGCCGCCGUCCCGUCGUCGUGUCAUCGUCUGACGUUGGCGCGUCCGACGCGAAUUGGUCGUCGCGCGAUCGACUUGGUCGAUCGAGCGAGCAAACAAGAUUUCGGCCAUCCUCGGCGUCACGGCCGUCACAGUCCCUUCACUGUUAUUUACACGCACGCAGGCGGAGUGGCACGCACAGCUAUGCUCUCCAUGUAUAAACAUGGCCGUCGUGCUUUGUGAUGAUCGUCUGUGUCGGUUAGAACGGAGAAGCGUCGUGUACGACUGCCAGUAAUAUGGAUGAAGAACACCAGUUCCGUAGACCCAGGCUGUCGUCUGGGUGAGCAAUGAAUGUACUUCGUGUCCUGACACCGUGUGUGUUGAAACGCAGGCGUGUAAGAGGUAUAGAUAGUAGUGACAAAAGGGAUUCCUGGUUUAUAAGAAGACAGCGUGGAGAUGCCUCUCACAUGAUACAUAGAAUGGGUGCUUCUGCAUCAUCAAGUGUCACCAGUAUAGGUGGAGAUUCAGUUCAAGCAGCUAGAUUCUCAGCAUCAAGUAGCCCAGAUCAACAUGGCAUUGCAGUUAGUUGUUUAUUUAUGUAUAGAGAGAAGAAGAAGAAGAUGACAGGAUUCGCGACGCUACGUAAGAAAUUCAUUAGGAGACGCCGUUCUUCUAAGGUGUGUGACCAUGGUAGAAUUAUUAGAGAUUUGGUGUGUACGUGGAGUCACUUGGAAGCAACAGCCCUGCUAGAGGAGUAUGAGGCACUGGCUGCAUUGAAGGACCUUCAUGUUCAAGCUGAAUUGGCUAGACCACCAGCUGCUACUUUCAAGCAGGACUUAUCGAUGCUGUAUGAUCAUAAACAUUGCUCCGAUGUUGAUCUUGUAUAUAGAGGAGCGUGUUUUCCUGUUCAUAGAGCUGUGUUGUCUGCCAGAUGUCCAUACUUUAGAGAUUUGCUAGGAGGCUGCCCUGGAUAUGGCGCUAGAAUAUGUUUGGAGCUAAGGACUCCACAUCUCGAAGUGCCGAUGUUCUCUGCAUUGUUGCGAUAUCUUUAUACCGGUGACAUUUGUCCGCACGACGCAACGUUGGAAACGAACCUGUUGCGACGACUCGGAGAAGAAUUUGGAACUCCAAAUCCGUUAGAACAUGAUCUCAGAUAUUUGUUGGAGUCGGGUGAAAACGCGGACGCCGCUCUCAUAUUCACUUCGGACGGCGAUUAUCAAAGACCGGACAGCGGCAGUUCCGAAUAUGGAUUUCGUCCGAAAUUGGAGCUGCCGUGUCAUAAAGCGAUACUCUCCGCGAGAUCACCUUUUUUUAGGAAUUUAAUACAAAGACGAACUAGAUCGGGUGAGGAUCAUACGGAACGGGCGCUUCACAUACCCACUAGAAUAGUAUUGGAUGAAAGUGUAAUACCUAAACGAUACGCCAGAGUCUUACUACAUGCUGUAUAUUUAGAUACUGUUGAUUUAUCGUUAAUAACGAGAACAAGUGGUUGUGGAAACAGCGCUGGUAGUCUGGGAGAGGUUCAAGCUCUAACGCAUACAGGUCGAAUGCGGCCAAGUCCUUUAGAAGAAGCAAUGGAAUUGUACCAGAUUGGACGGUUUCUCGAGCUUGACAUAUUGUCGCAAGGUUGCGAGGAUAUUAUUUUGGAGUGUCUCACUUUGGAGUCAUUACCAACCGUUCUCAGGUGGGGCAGUCAACCUCACGGAUCAGCAUGGGUGCACAGACAGGCAUUGCAUUAUUUAAGGGAGGAAUUUCAACCGAUCGCUUCGUCCUCGAUCCUCCAUCAAUUAGAUCACGCCCAUUUAGCCAAUGUUUUACAGAGCCAUUUUUUACAAGCGAGUGAACUUGAGGUACUGCAGGCGGUACUGAAGUGGGGUGAACACGAAUUAGUACAUCGAAUGGAGGAUCGGGAACCCAAUUUACUCAGUCACACCGUGCACUCCGUGACGAGAAAAGGUAUCAAGAAGAGAGAUCUGAGUGACAUUGAGUUACGGGAGAUACUCAGUGAACUUCUACCACUUGUCCGAAUAGAUCAUAUAUUACCACCGAAUAGUGAAGCAUUGGCGCAAGCCAUCAGAAGAGGUUUAGUUUCUACACCGCCAAGCCAUAUGAUAGGAGAUGAAAGAGACAAUUUACGGAUGAAUGCGUGGAUAAGAGGUGGAAAGAAGAAUGGAUUCUUCGUGAGGCCAAGGUUAUUCAUGCCGUAUUACGAAGAGAUUAAGUCCUUGGUCGAGGAACAAAUGGUUCAAGAGGCUGACUUAGUAAGACUACGAAGACCGCGAUACGUAGCGGAUAUACCUGAUGCGCUGUACAUGGUCGAGGAGAAACCAAGAGCCAUGGGUACUGCUGGCGUUGACGUUCUCGCCGCGGCAUUUCCAGUACCAGAUUCUGCAGCGAUGGCCUUGAUGCUGAAACGGGAGCAAAAAUUGAGGCAGUCGCCCAGCUGUCAACGGGCGAUAAGCUUGCCGCUUUCCUCGCGACAUGAAAUUAAUCGGCAAGUGCGACUGCGUGUUGUCAGGGAGUUUAACCUACCCGAUACUGUGGCCGAUCUUCUGGAAAAUACAGCGUCUUACAGUAUGAAAGAGCAAAACGAGCAGAGGAUGACAGAUAUAGAGGACAUUGACUCGCCUGGCAUGGGUAUUCGUGUGAGAACUACCGCCCCAGUGUGUUACGGGAGGAACAUGACAUUUCCUCGGCCGACUUCGUCUUACGCACAUAGGCACGAACUUCCAGCUAUAGUGACCGAGGGAGAGAGCUGCAGAAUUCUUGCCGAGCAACAAGAGGGCAAUUCCUGCAGCGACGGCCAAUUGUCGGGCGUAAUGCCGGACGUAGCGAUGGCGACGGCCUCCUUCGGCGCCCUGCAGUUAAUAGAGGAGCAGGAAUUGGAAUUGGAUCUCGGUGACGGGGCGUCGCACCUAAUGCCACAUGUCUCCCCGUCGAGCGGGAGCAUCGAAGCGCACCGGUCAUCGCUGCCUCAUCAGCAUCAGAGACAUUUCUCCGGCCCGCCACCACCACCAUAUGUGUAUCAUCGUGCUGGCACUGCCUUACCGAGGUUUAUUUGAAAUUUAUAUACAAUAUGCGGAAGCGAACAACGUGGCAACUACUGAUUCCCUUCGCCCUCUCGCAUUCCCUCGUCCCCGCCACCCCUGCCCGUUCCUCCCUCCCCUAGGCUGCUCCUUCCGCCGCCACCUCCCCGCUAACCCUUAUUACAUAGUCCGCUACGUAGCGUGUAUCGAUCAAAUCUUGUUAUUGCGGGUACAAAUUUACUACGGACGAAUAAUUGUAUGUACAUUUUUAUUUAAAAAGCAAGCUUAAGAAGAUAGAAAGUACUUGGUUUAAGUGCAUUUGUAACUUUAGCGAAUCCGGGAGUUAUACGCCGCGAACGUACAGAUAGGAAGGAAGGGAAGGAAAAGGAGGGGAACCCAUGCUUGCCGAGCACGGUGCGAACUUUGCGAGUGCUCCGCUCGUGUGAAAAAAAACGGAGGUUUCUCGCUGUACAAUAUUAUAUAAAUAUAAUGACGACGAAGUGCAAUCGUGUACGAGACAAAAUGAGAACAGAAAGGAAAUGCGAUUGUGAUUUAUACAUAUAAAUAUGUAAUCGUGAUAUAAGUGUAUAUGUGGGUGUACUUAUGUGUGUUUGCGUCGUGCACGUAUGCGUGUGUAUAUGCGGAAAUUGAAGUGUAGCUCGCACUGUUCCGGCGGAAAAGUGUCAAGACUGUUUAAGCAAGAAAGUCACGGGGGAAGGUAAAGAAAGAGAAGGAACAAUGUGUGUACGGGAUAUUGAAUAAAUCGCGCCUUGUUCACAGUUUAUCACCUUUGUUCCAUAAUUACAUGACGGAAAGUGAAAGUAUCGUGUAUUCGUACGAUUCGUUCUUUCUUGCACCGUAAGAGAAAGCGUGGUGAACUUUUACGAGAAUGAAGCAAGCCGCGAAGCGCUUGAUGACAUUUUGCCGUUCUGAACUUUUUAAUUUCUCUUCUCUCUCUCUCUUCUGUCUUUUUCUCUCUUUCUCUUUUUCUCUUCUAGGGCAGUUUCGAUGUAUGACGGGCUAUAGUAAGGCUGUAAGUAUACAAGAGAAAUUCAAUCGAUAAAACAUAUAUCGCACUCAGAGAUGACGUCCGGGGCGCCUCGGGUCGUAAAAAGCGUGCGUGACGUCCGCGAUAUUUAAUGGGUUAAUUAAUUAUCGCUAAGUGCCCAGGUGCAUGAGAAUUUUCUAAGAAAAAAAUUUCCAUGAAUUUAAAUGUAUACACAUCGCCGCUGGCCUUGUCGACGCGGCUUCAUUGUAAUAUAUCUACAAACAGAUUAUACAAACAUACCCUGCGUGCUAUAUACGAACUGACCCAGAAGUCGUGUUCGUCCUGUCCGAGAGUGAGUCAAGCUCCGAGAGUGAGUUAAGCUUGUCUGAAAUUACGAAAAACCACGAUCGUUCUCUCUUUAAGAUAUUAAUUCCCGUAUUGAUAGGCAUUACUUAAAACUUGUCCCGCGUGAGACAUUUAGAGCUGAAUUUAGAGUUAGACUUGAGUUUUUUAGUUGAACUAUACAAUCAUAUAUUAAAUUAAAUUUAUAAAAGCAAUUCAACUGAGAAAGUCACAUCUAAUUUUAAUUUUAAAUCUGAAUAUCUCACCUAUAAGUUUCAAUGUAAUGACUAUUAAUACAUAUUUAACAACUUUCGAAUUGCAAACGAUUGAGUACUUCACGUCCUCGACGGACUAAAGGAUGCAAAUAGAAUCUUAUUCCUAACUUUGUUUCAAAUGGAGCUUAAUGGACAUCUGAAUUCAAUUUGGUGCUGAUGAUUAGAGACGGUAAUGUGAGAUAAUGAAAAUUAAAAAUUCAGGGGAUGGUACUCUCGAUGAACUUCGAGUCUUCUGGAUCGUUGCGUGUAUAUCCCGUUCCGUGAAAAUUCUAAAAUAUCAGGCUUUGCUUCAAUUUUGCCACGUAUAAUGCUAUUAGUAUACUGAAAAACGCGCUACUUUCACUUUUGUCAGAAAAACAACGAUCAGGCGGGAAUUAAUCACCCUAAACGUACCGAGAUGUAAGGUUAAUAUUGAUGGAUAGUAACUAUUCUUUAUUUAAUAUGGCUCCUCUGUAUCGACAUGGGAUGUAAUUAUUGCUAAGAUACACUCGAUAGAGAGCUCGUUUAAAAACAUGUAUUCUCGAAGAAUUCUUUUACCGUCCUUAUGUUAGGUACAGUACUUGAAAUCGUUGUCUGCUGCGUAACAUCGACACAAGUUUCGUUCGUAAAAGCGGAUUAAUAUCUACAUAUUAUAUUCGUUUCGAGUCAUUCAAUAAAAGGAUGUAUCUAUAGAUAAAACGACGAAAUUUGGCGUUGUCGGCGUUGUUGUUAUCGGCGACCGACAUUAAUUGUGAUAUUAUUCGAGAAAGUCAUUGGUUCGAUCAUUGUACUUUAUAAUAAACUUCUGUUGCCGAUCUGGGUCGGAGGAAUUUGUUAUUGUGCGAAGUAUCAUUAACUGUCACGGGACUCAUAAUCUACAGAUACUAUUUGUCUGCUUUUCAAAAAAGUGUUGUAAGCCGAGUUUGCUAUUUUCUGGUAUAAUUAUCAAAUCUGUUAAGCAGAAACUGUUAAGCUGUGUGUGACACCAGAUCGUGAAUUUACGAUCGCGUCGAGUAAUGUAAUAUCAGCGAUAGUAGACUUCGUGAAUCCACGAUCGAUCGGCGAAGUUAUAAUUUAAUGCAACUAGACCAACUUUUAAGACCAGAAUAAAAGGAUAGUUAUUACGUAGAUAGAUUAAUACUGUAUAGACUGAGAUAUAUCGCGCGAGAGUAGUAUUUUGACAUUCAUAUAGUUUCUGCGUCGCAAAAACGAUUAAAGUAACUUCCAUUCGGA